GGACAGGCCUCGGGGCCGGUGCCCGGAAAGUUUGCGGCCGCCGCCUCGGCCUAGAGGCCCCCGCCCGCCGCCGGCCCGCAGGGAGGCGCCGCCAUGAACAAGCUCUACAUCGGGAACCUCCACGAGGGCGUGACGCCCGCCGACCUGGAGAAGGUGUUCGCGGAGCACAAGAUCUCCCACAGCGGCCCGUUCCUCGUCAAGUCCGGCUACGCCUUCGUGGACUGCCCCGACGAGCACUGGGCCAUGAAGGCCAUCGAAACUUUCUCCGGGAAAGUGGAACUGCAAGGAAAACGCCUGGAGAUUGAACACUCGGUCCCCAAAAAACAAAGGAGCCGGAAAAUUCAGAUCCGAAAUAUUCCACCCCAGCUGCGAUGGGAAGUGCUGGACAGCCUGCUUGCUCAGUACGGAACGGUAGAGAACUGUGAACAAGUGAACACGGAAAGUGAGACGGCCGUGGUGAACGUCACCUAUUCCAACCGGGAACAGACCAGGCAAGCCAUCAUGAAGCUGAAUGGCCACCAGCUGGAGAACCAUGCCUUGAAGGUCUCCUACAUCCCUGACGACCAGAUAGCACAGGGUCCUGAGAACGGGCGCCGCGGGGGCUUCGGCUCUCGGGGUCAGCCCCGACAGGGCUCGCCCGUGGCGGCCGGGGCCCCCGCCAAGCAGCAGCAGGUGGACAUCCCCCUGCGGCUCCUGGUGCCCACCCAGUAUGUGGGCGCCAUCAUUGGCAAGGAGGGCGCCACCAUCCGAAACAUCACAAAACAGACCCAGUCCAAGAUCGAUGUGCACAGGAAGGAGAACGCAGGUGCUGCUGAGAAGGCCAUCAGUGUCCACUCGACCCCCGAGGGCUGUUCCUCCGCCUGUAAGAUGAUCUUGGAGAUCAUGCACAAGGAGGCCAAGGACACCAAAACGGCUGACGAGGUUCCCCUGAAGAUCCUGGCCCACAAUAACUUCGUGGGGCGACUCAUCGGCAAGGAGGGGCGCAACCUGAAGAAGGUGGAGCAGGACACGGAGACAAAGAUCACCAUCUCCUCGCUGCAGGACCUCACUCUCUACAACCCCGAGAGGACCAUCACCGUGAAGGGCGCCAUCGAGAACUGCUGCCGGGCCGAGCAGGAGAUCAUGAAGAAGGUCCGGGAGGCCUACGAGAACGACGUGGCCGCCAUGAGCCUGCAGUCUCAUCUCAUCCCCGGCCUGAACCUGGCCGCCGUGGGUCUCUUCCCAGCCUCGUCCAGUGCAGUCCCGCCGCCUCCCAGCAGUGUGACGGGAGCUGCCCCCUACAGCUCCUUUAUGCAGGCUCCCGAGCAGGAGAUGGUGCAGGUCUUCAUUCCCGCCCAGGCGGUGGGCGCCAUCAUCGGCAAGAAGGGCCAGCACAUCAAACAGCUCUCCCGGUUCGCCAGCGCCUCCAUCAAGAUUGCUCCUCCCGAAACUCCUGACUCCAAAGUUCGUAUGGUCAUCAUCACUGGACCCCCAGAGGCCCAAUUCAAGGCUCAGGGAAGAAUCUAUGGAAAACUCAAGGAGGAAAACUUCUUUGGUCCCAAGGAGGAAGUAAAGCUGGAAACCCAUAUCCGGGUGCCAGCGUCGGCGGCUGGCCGGGUCAUUGGAAAAGGUGGCAAAACGGUGAACGAGUUGCAGAACUUGACAGCAGCGGAAGUGGUGGUGCCAAGAGACCAGACCCCUGAUGAGAAUGACCAGGUCAUCGUUAAGAUCAUCGGGCAUUUCUACGCCAGCCAGAUGGCUCAGAGGAAGAUCCGGGACAUCCUGGCCCAAGUGAAGCAGCUGCACCAAAAGGGACAGAGCAACCAGGCGCAGGCGCGGAGGAAGUGACCGCCCGCCCAGCACACCGCCGAGGACGGCGGCCGAGCGCGGCCCCCCAGCAGGCCUGAGAAUGAGUGGGAAUCAGGGGCGCGGGGGCCGGGAGGCAGAUCAGGUUUGCCCACUUGUUUGAGAAAGAUGUUCCGGUGAGGAACCCUGAUCUCUCUGCCCCAGACGCCCAACCAAUUGGCCCGACGCUGCCCGCCCCUCAGGGUGUCGCCACGGAAAUUCUAGCUCAGGGUGCUUUUAAACGUGGAUUGUUCUCAGUAAGCUCUCCAGGCCCCGCCGAGAGGGUGGGCCCGGUCCCAGUGGGAAGAGAAAUAAAAUUUCCUUCAGGUUUUUAAAACAUGCAGAGGGGUGUUUUAAUCAGCCUCCAGGGAUGGUUUGCUUCUUGGUCCUAAAAACCCUUCUAGCCUUCUCCUGCUUGGUUUAUUGGUCAAGAUACUUCCAUCCUCACGCCCUGACAGAGCCUCUUCCUGCAUUCACACGAAUGGUUUUAUCUUGGCCGCUACCAGAGGGAGGUGGGGACCAGUGCAUCGCCUAGCUUACCUGAUGGCCUCAGAGGGAGAAGACCCGUCAGCGCCUGGGGUUUGAUUCCCAUCCCUCCCUCAGCCAACCAACAGGCACAGCAAGGAGCAAAGCCUGGAGCAGACCUGGGGAGACAGGCGAUUGAGAUGAGUAAUCCACGUUUAAAAGGCGUGCCCUGGUGGCCGAUCUGCCCCAGGUCGCCAUCUUGGAAAAUUGGCACAAUGAAAAGUCCCCU